CCUGAGGCUUGCCAGGCGAGGGGAGUGUGGCAGGACUGCUCAAGGCUGCCCAGAGGGAUUGUCCUGGAGAGAAAGUCCCCUCACUGAGGCUCCUCACUCUAGGCAAGGCCAGUGGUGCCCCCCUCUCCCAGCCUGUCUUCUUGCCCUGACUGCUGUGCUUAGAGAUCCCACCCAGGCCCAGAUGUGACCCCCCUCCCUGACCUGAGGGACAGGGCCAGUAGUCUCAGAUGAUGGCCUGGCCCCGCCUCUGCUCACCACCCGCUGUGUUCAGAUAUCUUGUACCACGUUUUGGGCAGCUUAUGAACCCAGGGCCUCAUGAAAGUCAUGAGGAGCCUUGAAGCCAAAAGGGGAAGAGGCAGAGGCAGAGGGAGAGGAGCCUGCUUUAACCCAUUCAUCUCUGGCAACAUUACAAACUCUUUCCCAGGGAGAGGGAUGGAGCCCCUGGGCUGUGAGUGGGAGGAAGAGUCAGCUCCCUCCUCCUCCUGGCUCCCCACGUGGUCACCGAGCUCUGCCCGCCCCAUCUGGCAGCAUUGGCAGAGACCGGGUGUGGUGUUAGUGUAGAGAAGAGGCACAGAAGGAAAUAUGGCAGGGGUCCCCACCUGUUUGCUGUCCAUCCUUUCCCUCCAUUCCCUGGCUUCUGGCUGUGGACUUUUGUUUUUCAGCCCCCAGAGCAGGAGGACACGGGCCACACCCUGGCUAUACCCAUCUCUCUGCUUGUGUGGGUGGGGUCUAGAAAGAUCCCCAGGCGUGGCCACUUCCUGGCAGGCUGUCCACAUCCCAGACCAUGGCCGAGCAGGCUGGGGAUGAGCUGGUGGGGAUGGUAGAGCUUUAGUUUCCAUCCCUGUCACUGGCAGGCUGGGAAGCCCCCUGGGAGGCUGCUGGGUAGGGAAAGGGUGAUUGGGUGGGGAAGAGAAAGUUCGCCAGGGCUCUCAUGGAUGAGGACAGAGCACAGUCAGGAGACCAAGAAAACAGAGGACCCACCCUUAUCUGCUUCCCAAGCCUCCUUAUAGGGCAGGCUCAAAAGUCCUGCCCAGAUACCUCUAUACUGUGAUGGCCUCGAGAGAGGCACUUCCACUUCUUUAGGCCUUAGUUUCCUGAUCUUGGCAGGAAGGAGAGUCGUCUCCACUGCCUCACCUUUGGGAGCCACCUUAAAGCCUUGACAGGGUGAGAUGGAGGGUCUCACACAUAGGACAAUUGUCAGGCAUCAUUUAUUCCCUACAGCAUCCCUAUGGGGAGACCAAGGGCUGGAAUGAUUUGUCCUCCUUUCACAGAGCAGGACACUGAGAAAUAGAGAAAAGCCAUGAUGUAUGUUGAGAGCCAAGAUCUCCUAAACCAGUCUGGACUCUGAGGUCUCCCAAAUGAAAAGUUCUCAUGAACUCCAGGGACACUGUGCCUUGCUCGGCACUGACCAGGGGCCUUUCUCCACCCCACCCCACAGAGCUGAAUCAAACCCAAGUCCCUUACCUCCCAGGAAACCCAUUCCAGCUGUGAUGCCCAUCACACCUUCCAAAUAGUCCUAGGUCCCUCAGCGCAUUAGUACCACCUGGAGCCCCACAUCCUCCAGUGCCACAAGGCCAUUCUUCAUCCCUAAUUCAAGGGAAGCUUGUGGGAGUAACAAGAACCCAAGUGCCCAAGGCAGACACACAUGUGACCCUGGCAAGCCCCUCAGCCUCAGAAAGCCUCUGCUUUCUCUAUGCACAACAGGGAUACGACAGCUCAAUGUGGGAUCAUGACAACAGGCAAUGAGGGAUGGAAAGCAUCUGACACCCAGUGGGAACUCAGUGAGCAGUGGCUACCACAUCCCCUAGGCCCCAGGGCUCCCCAGAUCUCCCCCUUUCUCACCAGCAUGACCAUACCAGAUGCUCUCAAUUUCUUUCAGUUUUCAGAGGCAAACGUUUAUCAGUCAUCUACCACUCCACAGGAAGCACCAAACAGGCCACCAGAGGGGAUAAAAUGGCAAGACUGUGCCCUGCCUUCAGAUGCCCACCCACCUGCACUCCUUCCUAGUCCCAUUGGGAACCACCCAUCCCUGUCUCCUCCUGCCCCCACCCUCGCAGCUGGUCCCUGAGCUGACUUGUCACCAUGGCAGCCCUGAUUGCAGAGAAUUUCCGCUUCCUGUCGCUCUUCUUCAAGAGCAAGGAUGUGAUGAUUUUCAAUGGGCUGGUGGCACUGGGCACGGUGGGCAGCCAGGAGCUCUUCUCUGUGGUGGCUUUCCAUUGCCCUUGCUCACCUGCCCGCAACUACCUGUACGGGCUGACGGCCAUCGGCGUGCCUGCCCUGGCCCUCUUCCUCAUUGGGGUCAUCCUCAACAACCACACAUGGAACCUGGUCGCUGAGUGCCAGUACCGGAGGGCCAAGAACUGCUCAGCUGCCCCCAACUUCCUCCUCCUAAGCUCCAUCCUGGGCCGUGCAGCGGUGGCCCCUGUCACCUGGUCCGUCAUUUCCCUGCUGCGAGGUGAGGCCUAUGUCUGCGCUCUCAGCGAGUUUGUGGAUCCCUCCUCACUCACAGCUGGGGAGAAGGGCUUCCCACCAGCCCAUGCCACGGAAAUCUUGGCCAGGUUCCCCUGCGGGGAGGGCCCUGCCAACCUGUCAGGCUUCCGGGAGGAGGUCACCCGCAGGCUCAAGUAUGAGUCCCAGCUCUUCGGGUGGCUACUCAUCGGCGUGGUGGCCAUCCUGGUGUUCCUGACCAAGUGCCUCAAGCAUUACUGCUCACCACUCAGCUACCGCCAGGAGGCCUACUGGGCGCAGUACCGCACCAAUGAGGACCAGCUCUUCCAGCGCACCGCCGAGGUACACUCACGGGUGCUGGCUGCCAACAACGUGCGCCGCUUCUUUGGCUUCGUGGCACUCAACAAGGAUGACGAGGAACUUGUUGCCAGGUUCCCAGUGGAAGGCACACAGCCUCGGCCACAGUGGAACGCCAUCACUGGCGUCUACUUGUACCGUGAGAACCAGGGCCUCCCACUGUACAGCCGCCUGCACAAGUGGGCCCAAGGUCUGGCAGGCAAUGGGACAGCACCAGAAACCAUGGAGAUGGCCCCCCUCACCUCCUGAGGGUCCUUCAUCACACUCUUUGCAAGUGACAGUACUUGGGUUUCAAACUGAACUCCACUGCGUGCUCACAGCGGCAUCAGAUGGGGAUGAUUUUUUAAACUUUUUGGGGAAACAGGCCAGGAGCAAGGAGCACAAAGUAACCUGGGGUGUGGAGAGAGCUAGUAGACAAUGGGGUCCGCUCCCACAGGAAGGUUCUCAGACCUGAAGAAACCCCCUCUCCCGCUGCCACCAACCACUGGGGUCAACAGCUUUGGAAAAAAGACCCCUUUGCAAAAUUCGUCCUUAAUUAACUAGGACAUGGAUGACCUUUUACUGGUAGGACUCCAAGGCUGGGAAGCCCUGACCAGCAGAGCCAGGUAACCGUGAAACUCACCAGCAGACUCCUCGUACAGGAUAUCAUGCUAUUAAUGAUGGAUGUGUGACUGAUUGCAUAUGGUUACCUGGCUCAACAGCGCUCAGCCAGAAGAUGCCCUCCAGUGUAUGCUCUGGCAUUAUUUUAUAUACUUAAAUUUUUUAUAAAGUUUUUCUUAGUAUAAAGGA